CGACAGUCUGUAGGUCACGUGACCACCUUCCAGCCAAUCUCAGUCUCCAGACUGGUUAUACAUGUUUAUUCAGUACACAACGUCGUAUUUUCAUUUUUCGUGUCGUGCGUCGGGCUAUGCCGAAUAAAAUGAAGAAAGACAAGGACGCGAAGACAGGCAGCAACGAUGGUUCCGGGGACAACGCCAGCAGCACUGACGAGGUGACCAAGCCGUCGGGGCCGCCGAGUGUGCCGCCGCCGGCGCCGCCCACGGCCGCCGGUGCAGCGCCCAGCACCGCCCCACCGCCGCCCCCGGCCCAGAUCAACAAACUCAAGCUGGCUGGACCACCGCACAACCUGAAGAAUAAGGACAAGCGACAGGGCUCGUCCCGCUUCAACGUCAGCAAGAACCGCGAGCUGCAGAAGCUGCCCUCGCUCAAAGAGGCGAACCCGGCCGACAAAGAGCAGCUGUUCAUCGAGAAGCUGCGACAAUGCUGCACGCUGUUCGACUUUGUGUCCGACCCGCUGUCCGACCUGAAAUGGAAGGAGGUGAAGAGGGCCGCCCUGCACGAGAUGGUCGAGCACGUCACCUCGCAGAAGGGUGUCAUCACCGAGGCUGUCUAUCCUGAGGCUGUCGCUAUGUUCGCAGUGAACCUGUUCAGGACUCUGCCUCCGUCGAGUAACCCGAAUGGUGCAGAGUUUGACCCUGAAGAGGACGAACCCACCCUUGAGGCCGCGUGGCCGCAUUUGCAGCUAGUCUACGAGUUCUUCCUCAGAUUCCUGGAGUCACCAGACUUUCAGCCCUCCACAGCCAAAAGGUUCAUUGAUCAGAAGUUUGUUAUGCAGUUGUUGGAUCUCUUCGACUCGGAAGAUCCGCGCGAGCGCGACUUCUUGAAGACAACGCUGCAUAGGAUAUACGGCAAAUUCUUGGGUCUGCGCGCCUACAUCCGCAAGCAGAUCAACAACAUCUUCUACAAGUUCAUCUACGAGACGGAGCACCACAACGGUAUCGCCGAGCUGCUCGAGAUCCUGGGCAGCAUCAUCAAUGGCUUCGCCCUGCCGCUGAAGGAGGAGCACAAAGUGUUUCUGCUCAAGGUGCUGCUGCCUCUGCAUAAAGUCAAGUCGCUCUCCGUCUACCACCCGCAGCUCGCCUACUGCAUAGUUCAGUUCCUCGAGAAGGAUCCCAGUCUCACGGAGCCAGUCAUCAUGUCCCUACUCAAAUUCUGGCCUAAAACACACUCUCCCAAAGAGGUCAUGUUCUUGAACGAACUCGAAGAGAUCCUAGAUGUCAUCGAGCCUGCUGAAUUCCAAAAAGUGAUGAUCCCUCUUUUCAGACAACUCGCUAAAUGUGUUUCAAGUCCUCACUUCCAGGUGGCUGAAAGGGCGCUCUAUUACUGGAAUAACGAGUACAUCAUGUCCUUAAUAAGUGACAAUGCACCAACGAUUUUGCCUAUCAUGUUCCCGUCACUCUACAGAAAUUCUAAAUCUCACUGGAACAAGACUAUUCAUGGUCUGAUUUACAACGCGCUCAAGCUUUUCAUGGAGAUGAACCAGAAGCUUUUUGAUGAAUGCACACAAAACUACAAGCAGGAGAGAGCGAAGAGAGAGAAGGAAAGGGCCAAGGAGAGGGAGGAUGCGUGGAUUAGGGUGCACCAGUUGGCCAGGCAGAACUACCCUGAUCUGCCCAUGGUUGACCUAGGCACGUUCGAGUUUGAUCCUGUGGUUGGAGAUAUUCCAGACAUGGAUGACAUCAACUACGACAAGAUCGAAAUCGAGUCCAGAGAGGCUCGCCAAGCUGUCCGCAACAAAGAGAAACCACUGCUCAGGAGGAAGUCCGAGCUGCCUCACGACACUUACACCAUCAAAGCCUUGAUUGACCACCAGCGCGCAGACGAAUACCUGACCACACCACCCGACGUCAACAAGUGCUAGGCCAGCCAGCUUUUUAUGUAUUGUGAUUCCAAGACAUUCCACCUCCCAGCAAACGAGUUGUACGUUAUUUAACACUAAAAGAGUUACAAAGGGCAAGCAGGAAUUAUUACAAGCGAGACGAUGCGGACGCGUUGCGGGAUAGAAGUAAUUUAAGUCGCAUCAAGUCUUAGAGGAGUAAAAAAUGUGUGGUGCCUGACGCUGAGCUGUUAUUUGGAUCUGGGAUGGGCAGGGCCGACGUUUUGUAGUCGCCGUUGCAUUUUGUCGAGCGUUUCUAAACUGCGGGUCACAGUGAUUCCCAAAUCUCUCCCAACUGCAACGUUUAAUUAUGGUGCUUUCCACAGUGAUUAGAAAUUCCGCGAGAGGUUCAAAUUGAUCAGUUCCAAUUAAUGAAUUAGGUACCUUAACGCACUCAUUCUUUGUUAGUCAAUGGAAAUUUAAAAAAGAUCAAGUUGUUGUCAAUCAAAAGCGUUAUUAGCAGCUGGAUGCCUUGCGAAAGCAAAAACGAAAUUUGUUGUUUAGAUGCUGGCCCGAAUUAAGAAGUUAUUUUAUCUCUUUAUUUCAGCAGUAGGAUAUGUACCAUAAUAGUGUCAGUAUUGUUUAAAAGAACUAUUUCAUCCGCUGUUAUACAUACAAUAGGAGUUAUUAUGAUGGAAAGUGAGGAGAAUAAAUAUUAUAAAUAUUGUACCAAGCAUGGAA